AUGAUCAAACAUCAUCAUUCGGACUCGAGUCAAGUUGCAAAUUUCCUUCAUCCUGUCAAUGGUUAUCGGGGUUUGCAAGAGAAAAAGGGCCAAACACCCAAAAAUCACAUGCUUCAGAAUUUGAAGAGUCUCCGAGAGAAGGAAAAUGAAAAUCGAUUGAAAAAGGAAAAUGAGUCAAUUAAAAAAGAAGAAUUCAAAUUGCCUCAAUAUAAAGUGGUAGAGUCAAAAGUUAAGCACAUCAAGGAACAAGAUUACACUCCCGAAAAUCCGGUCAAUGAAAAUUAUUUGAAAGCGGGAGCAAUGAAGGAACGUGCAAGUGAACUCGUCAUGAAAAAGAAGGAAAUGGCUUUCGAAGUAAAAAGAGAAAAAGAAUUACUGCAAAACGAGUUUAAGAAACCAGCUGUUCCCAAAAAAGAAGCAACUCCUCCUCUAAAUACUCAACGAGAAGAAAAGAAUUAUCUUGUUCAAAAUGCAACCAAAGAUUUGAAAAUGAUCGCAAAAAAGGGAGAGCAAAAGCUCUCACAGAAAAAAGAGGGCGAAGAGUUUGAUAAACCUGAGACGUUUGGCAAGGUCCCAAAGUAUAUUUUGGAUAGGAAAGCAGAAUGGAAGCAACAAGAAGAAAAAGCUUUAGAAGAGCAGAGAAAGAAGGACGAGUGUCCUCCAGGAAUGAAAUUAGUUCCAGAAAGCGAUCGCAUUGCCACACUUUCAGAAUUAGAAAGAAAUAAGAAAGAGAUUCAAGGAACCAUCAACCGCAUGCCAAUUUUAUGCGACACCAUGUCUUUGCAACAAAAGAAGGCGCAGUUAGAACGAAAGCUGGAAGAGAUUGAGGAUGCUAUUAAGAUCUUUUCUCGAAAGAAGGUGUAUAUUGCAGAAGAUUAA